UGCAGUGCAAGUAAGAAGAAGGUGGUUGCCGUUCCGUAACUAAGCGCUGCCAUAGACGAUUUGUUAGCUACGAAGGUUUCGGCGGCCUCGUUGAAUCCAUAAUCUUGAAGAGUCUAUUAUCGAGGAAUCUUAUGAGAGAGCAAGAGAAUAAGAUGUAAAAAACGAGAGAGAGAUCACGCUUACACAAGCGCGUACAAAGGUAAGCGAAGUCUUUUAAUCGUUAUCGCAACGAAUGCGAUCAAUGGAAUGAACGGGAGAUCGUUACGUUACGUGGCAAAUGGCCUUGGGUAGAGUGGUUAGCAUGAGAACAUCGAUGGGUGUCCAGAUGCAGGCAAUCGAGAACUCCAGGAAGAACGCUGUCGUGAGAAACUAGAUAAUCAAAAAGAAAAAAGAAGAGUAAAAAUAAAAAGAAGAAGGAAAAAAUGAACGCUUUGAAUAAUUCAAUAUUCGAAAAAUCGUUUCGAUCUAAGAUCAAGUAAAAUAACCUCGUAAAAGCAGAGUAGCAUUGGAUUAGGUUUGCGAAAGGAUUGUGGGAAAAGUGUCGUUUUAAGCACGAUGACGUAGACUCCAGCAGCAAAGAGAAAACUCGUGAUAGGUGGUCCUGUGGUCAAGGGUUCGCCAUAAUCGUCCUCCAUCGCAUUGGCGAAACACGUUUUGAAAAUGAACACAUUUAAGCUGUUCAGCAUCAACGCCCAUAUCGUGCAGAGCAAUUUUGCCAUUACGAAGAUCGACGGACAUCUCCAUCAGCAAUUUUUUCCUUCUUUCUAACGUCGAGAUAUCCAAGGAAUAUCUACGACAUCGCUGAUGAUAUCUCGAGUUAUCGAAACAGACUAGUUUCUUUCUGCUUUUUCAAAUUUAUAAAAGUAAAGAUUUCAAAUUGCGUCGACGAUUUCAUUAAAUCUCAAUGAUUAUCUUUUGUUUCUUUUCUCUCUAAUUUUGAUGUUGACAUUUAUGUAUGUCUGUAACCUAACUAACAUGUUCCGGUAACAUGUUUAAUUGACGGCGAAAUUGAUGGUAGAUCUAAGUGAUACAACGUUAGCUUAUUAUACAAUAUGGACACCGUCAAGGAAUACGUCGGAUGUAUCAAUCCUCAUUGGGUAGCUAUAGUUUCAGCGGGAAUGUACACUUAUCUCAGGCACAUAUGUAUAGUCGGUUUGUGUUUCGAAGAGGAGAAUAAUCCACCUUUUGAUCCGUCUUAUUCUUCGAUACUUUUCGUUUUCUCGGCUUUGUGCCUUGUUGCCGAGUACAGACUUUGGCCAAGGUCAUUGAAAGAACCGCCGAUACAGCUUCUUUAUAUUUACGAGAUGUUGGUGGCUGCCUUGGCAACAAAUCUUGUAACUCGAGCUAUCUGGCUACCAUUGAUGCAUGUAAUAUAUUGCUUAACUCAAGAGUCGAGUAAAUGGUUAUUAUGGUUAAACACGACGAUAGGUUUGAGUCGUUAUUCGUUUGUGACGACAUUCGCUUAUUAUCUGGCCAAAGAAAACGCGGCUACACAUAUGGCUUUUUGCUUAUCUUUAUUGUCUUUCGUAUGGAUGUUAGACGCCACCGAAUCGCUGGACACAAUUUUGGAUAUCUGGGCCAAGUAGUAAAAUAGAAACAAAAUACAUCGAAGAAACAUUUAAGGAAUCUUUGGAAUCUCACGAGCGUCUCGAGAAAAGGAUCUCUUUUCGAAAUCCCGAAGUGACGGAUUGUUUUACUUACAGACUCGCGACUAAAUCUGAUCCAUAAAAAAUCAGAGAUGUUAUUAAAUCAAUGUUAUUCGUUGUCAAUGUAUAUCGUCCUGUUUCAUGUAUGUGUCUCAUAAAUAUGUGAUACCGUUGUCCUAUUGAUAAAAAAUAAAACAUUUCAAAAGAGAAAACAAAAUUUCAGUUAUAUCUUUUUAUUCGUACAAUUACGAUUAGUGACACAAUAUUUUAUAAUUUUCGAAGUUAAAAGAGGAACACGGUUUAUGACGAUAGGUACUUUCAAGAAUCAGAACCAUAUUUUAACCACAUCUCGACAUUGCUAAAGUGCCUAAGUCGAGGCAAUGUUCCCUUUAGUAUCGGGAUCUUAUACAUAAUUCAUCGCAUUUCCCGAUAGCUUUUCCCUAGAGUGGCCGAGA